AUGCCUCAACAAAUCAAAGACAUUAAGCAGUUCCUCGAGAUUGCCCGCCGCAAAGACGCCAAGUCCGCCGUUGUCAAGAAGAACACCGGCUCCGUCAAGUUCAAGGUGAGAUGCUCCCGCUAUCUCUACACUCUUGUUGUCAACGAUAAGUCCAAGGCCAACAAGCUCAAGCAGUCGCUUCCUCCCACUCUCUCUGUCAAGGAGAUCCAAUAA